AUGAUCAACAAUAAUCAUAUUAUUAUUGAUCAACAAGAAGAUCCUUCCGAUCAUCAUUUAAUUGAUAAUAAUACAACUACUAUUAACAAUGAUAACAAUGAUAAUAAUGAUAAUAAUACAACUACUACUACAACUACAAGUACAACAACUACAACAACAAAUACAAAUGAAUCUAUAAAUGGAUUAAAAGUAAAAUCAAAUUCAUUAAUUGGUAGUAAAUUUAAAGAUGAUGAAGAACAAUUAGAUGUAAUGGAAAUAAUGUUAUUAAAUACUUUUAAUAAUGAAAAUGAAAAUAAUUUAAUUAAAUAUUUAAAUAAUAAUCAUUUAAAUUUAUUAAAUAAUUCUAUUGAAUUAGCUAUUAAUUAUCAAUUACCAUUAUUAUAUUAUGAUGAAGAUGAAGAUGAUGUAUAUUUUAUUGCAGUUCAUUGUGGAGCAGGAUAUCAUUCUAUUAAUAAUAAUAAUUUAUAUAGAAAUUUAAUGAAACAAUCUAUACAACAAACUAUUAAUCAAUAUUUUAAUAAUUUAAAUAAUUUAAAUAAUAGUGUUAGUAGUGGUGGAAUAUCAUUAAAAUAUUCAGGUAGAAUUGGUGAAGCUUCUAUAUAUGGAAGUGGAUGUUAUUCAGAUACUAAAUAUGUACAAGAUAGUGAUAAUGAUAAUUUUAUACAAAUUGCAAGUAAUUUUAGUGGAAUUGGUGAAGAUAUCAUGUUAAAUCAAAUGUCAAAUUAUCUAGUUGAUAAAAUAUUUGAAAUUCCAAUGGAACAAGCUUUAUUUUCUAUUUAUGGUAAUUUAAUUAAUUUUACAAAUGAAAGAAAAAUUGGAUGUUUAUCAUGUAAAGUUACUGAUUAUGAUCAAUUAGAAUUUGGUUAUACUUUUAGUACUGAAAGUAUGGGAAUUGCAUUUGAUUAUUCAAAUAAUUUAAAAAAUGAUAAUUUUAAUUCCAUUUUUAGAAAUCAAAGUAAUAAUGGUAUUGAAUUAAAUGUUAAAUAUAUUAAUUUAAAUAAAUAA